AUGAGCCUGGCGAAGCAGAGCGACACGGCUGGGCGGCCGCCGCACCAGAAGCACGAAAAGUCUUGGGAGGAGGCGGCCCAGAAGGUGCCUGGUACAGAGACCGCGCAGCUCACCCGAGAGGCUCUCCUUGAUGAGCGCCGCAAGGCUGAGGAAGGCGACCUCUCCGAGCUCGAGCGUACCAGAGUGGGCAAGAGCGGGCUGAACGUGAAGGGCAGCGACGUGUCGCAGGUGGAGUGGCAGGCCAAGGGCGAGUACUUCAGCAAGGGCGACGAGAAGCACAUGGAGGACGAGAAGGCCCGCGGGAACAACCCCAACAACGACCUCUUCUGGAUCCGCCGCCAGAUCGAGCGGCCCGCCGACGCCAACGCCGCCCUCAAGCUGGGCCAGGAGAUCCUCGACAGGGAGAAGGCCGCCGGCCUGAGCCACCAGUAA